AAAGAGGAAACGCAGAGGAAGAGGAAGGAGGAAGAAGAGCGCUUGAGGAGGACAACCGAGCGGGAGAAGUGAGGGAGAGGGAACUCCGGGAGGGAGGAAAGGAGGCCAGGUAGCCAAAAGGGCAAGUCCGGAGAGGAGGAAGGAAGAAGGAAGGAGGGGGAGCCUUGCUCCAGCCUUGCUCUCAACUUCUUCUGCGCGCCGAGGAAGAGGAAGAAGCAGCAGCAGCGGGGCGUGCGCCUCACAGCUUGGACUCGGUCAAAGCUUGGACUUCCGAGCCUCUUUCCCUGGGGACGAGGCGAAGGCGUUGCAAAGCGUGUGCCUUGUCUGCGCGUCCGAGCAGCAAGACCUCCUCCUCUUUCCUCUUGCCUCCUCCUCCUGCUGCUGCUGCGUGUCCUCCAAUUUGCGCAUUUGGAGAGGCAGGAAGGUGCUCCCUGGAGGUCCACAGUUUUGCAAAGUUUUUUUUUGGAGUUGCAGAGGCUCCCCUUCGGCCACCGGAAGGAAGAAAGGAAGGAAGCAUGCAUUACGAGGAGCCCUCCUCGCCGGCCUUGCAAAGACCCCGCUAUGGCUCUAUUGUGGAUGAUGAACGGCUUUCAGCUGAGGAGAUGGAUGAAAGGCGACGUCAGAAUAUUGCUUAUGAGUAUUUAUGCCACUUAGAAGAAGCUAAAAGAUGGAUGGAAGUCUGUCUGGAUGAAGAACUGCCACCUACUACUGAAUUGGAAGAAGGAUUAAGGAACGGUGUGUACCUUGCCAAGUUAGCAAAGUUUUUUGCACCAAAAUUGGUCUCUGAUAAGAAGAUCUAUGAUGUGGAACAAACACGCUAUAAGCGGUCAGGUCUUCAUUUCCGCCACACAGAUAACACGGUACAGUGGUUGAGGGCAAUGGAGUCAAUUGGCUUGCCUAAAAUAUUCUACCCAGAAACCACAGAUGUAUAUGAUAGGAAGAACAUACCUCGAAUGAUAUAUUGCAUUCACGCACUAAGUUUAUAUUUGUUUAAACUAGGAAUAGCUCCUCAGAUCCAGGACUUGCUGGGGAAAGUAGACUUUACAGAGGAAGAAAUCAGUAACAUGCGGAAAGAACUGGAGAAGUAUGGUAUACAGAUGCCUUCAUUUCAUAAAAUCGGAGGUAUACUAGCCAGUGAACUCUCAGUGGAUGAAGCAGCAUUGCAUGCUGCAGUAAUUGCGAUUAAUGAAGCUAUUGAGAAGGGAGUCGCAGAUCAAACUAUCAAAACACUCAAAAAUCCAAAUGCCAUGUUGGUCAAUGUGGAUGAUGGUCUUGCCCAUGCAUAUCAGAAGGAACUAUCUGAAGCUAAGAGGAGAAAAGAAGAGAAUGCAAGGUUGAAGAAUGGCUCAAUUUUGGAGGAGGAAAGAGAUGUGUAUGAAGAAUUAUUGACACAAGCUGAGAUCCAGGGAAACCUCAAUAAGGUCAACAUUCACAUAGCUUUAGCCCAAGUGAACAAGGCUAUUGACAUGCAAGAUGAAGUGGCACUGAUGGCAGGCUUGAACCACCCUGCUCUGAGCCUAUUGGAAGUUCUGCUGCAAAAUUCCACAUGGUACCUAGCACAGUUAUUUGAUUUUAAAGAGCAGAAAACACAGAUAGCAGGGGUUCCUAUUAUGCUCGACAAAAAUGAGAUACAGAAUGAAGUUAGUAUUGCCAAUGAGGAAGCAGAAUCUCACAAAUUUAAGCUUAUCGCAGUUGACAAUAUCAAUAUUGCAAUUCGUAACUGUGACCCAAAUAAGACAGUUGCUGCUCUGAUGAAACCUGAGGCCCAGUUGUGUGAGGUUUACCCGUCUGCUGCUCCUGUGUACCAGACUGAGCUCUUCAAUCUUCAGCAACAGAAUGCUGUGAACUACUUGGCUCAUGAUGAACUGUCUAUUGCUGUUGAAAUGCUAUCAGCAGUGGUGUUAUUAAACCAAGCUCUGGAAAAUAAGAAUAUUGUGGAAAUAAAGACACAUCUCAGCAACCCAUCCAUUGGCUUUAAUAACCUGGAAGAUGAGAACCUGCAACGUUAUGCUGAUACCCUGAUGUCCAUUAAGUUAGAAGCAUCAUCUCAAGGACAAAAAUAUUUAAGUUGGAAUGACAUCCAGAACUGUAUUGACAUGGUUAAUACCCAGGUUCGAGAGGAAAAUGAUAGAAUUGUAGCAAUUGGUCACAUUAAUGAGGCCAUUGAUGUGGGAGAUCCCAGAAGAACAGUGGAAGCGCUACUGCUUCCCACAGCAAAACUCCAUGAUGUAAAGGAAGAAAAUGCAUGGCAUUAUCAAGAGGUCCUGAGGAAUGCAAAAGCAGACAAAUGCCAGGAAUGUCAUGAUGAUUCAUCACUUCUGUGGCUAGAUGAGAUACAGAAGGGAAUAGAAGAUGCUAAUAGAAACUUGGAAGGUGCAUCAAAAUUGGCAGUUGGGACAACAGAGAUAAACCAGUGUUUAGAAGAAGGAAACUCUGCACAGAUCAUCACCAUUGUACAGUCGCCUAACUUCCAUUUACGAACUGUACCAGAGUGUGCUGAAACCUACUACAGCAGCCUGCUGGAUGCCAAAAGUUUAAAACCCAAAGACCCAGAUGAAGGCCCUUGGAUCAACAUUUUAAUGCAAGGCCUCUAUGAUUAUUACUACAAUGUGGAAACUGGAAUGGGCACCUGUGUUCCUCCUGAAGGAAUUGUCCCCAAAACAUCUUGGCUGACUGGUGAAGAGAUUAAGGAUAUUGUUAAUCAAAUUACAUCAGACUAUAAUAGAAAACAAUUGUGGUUUGCAAACGAGGACCUGAUAAUUCAACUGCAGGCUAGAGCAAGGGGGUUCCUCAUCAGAAAAAAGUACAACGAAAGAAAAGCAUAUCUCCAAACCCAGGAGCCAUCAGUGAUAAAACUUCAGGCAUGCUGGAAAGGAUAUAAACAAAGGAAAAUCUAUUCUGAAAGACUUGAAACGUUGCAAAGAAAUGUUGCAUCUGUUAUUAAGAUCCAGGCAUGGGUUAAAAUGUGGUUAGCAAGAAGAGCAUACAAGAAACGUCUGCAAUAUUUCAAAGAUCAUAAUGACGAAAUUGUGAAGAUCCAAGCCUUCCUUAAAGCAAACAAAGCUAGGGAAGACUACAGAAUAUUGACGGGUUCUGAAAACCCUCCUUUGAAUGUCCUGCGCAAAUUUGCCUACCUCAUGGAUCAGAGUGAUUUGGACUUUCAAGAAGAGCUGGAAGUAACCAGGUUAAGGGAAGAGGUGGUCACAAAUAUCCGAUCUAGUCAACAACUAGAGAAAGAUCUGAACCUCAUGGAUAUCAAGAUAGGAUUGCUAGUAAAAAAUAGAAUAACACUGCAGGAUGUCAUAUCACACAGCAAGAAGCUGAACAAAAAAAGUAAAAAUCAGAUGGAGGAGAUGGUAACUGGGGACAAGCAAGGCAUCAAAGGCCUGAGCAAAGAGAGGAGAAAAAAACUAGAGGCCUAUCAACAUUUGUUUUAUCUUCUGCAGACUAAUCCAACUUACCUGGCGAAGCUGAUUUUCCAGAUGCCCCAGAAUAAAUCUACCAAAUUUAUGGAUACAGUUAUCUUCACUUUGUACAACUAUGCUUCUAAUCCACGAGAGGAAUACUUACUUCUGAAGUUGUUUAAAACUGCUCUAGAAGAAGAGAUACAUUCCAAGGUAGACCAGAUUCAAGAUAUUGUCACAGGGAACCCUACUGUCAUCAAGAUGGUGGUCAGCUUUAACCGAGGCGCUCGAGGACAGAAUACUCUACGCCAGCUGUUGGCACCUGUAGUGAAAGAGAUCAUGGAUGACAAAUCUCUAGUGAUCAACACAAGCCCUGUGGAAGUAUACAAGGCAUGGGUAAAUCAACUGGAAAUGCAAACUGGAGAAGCUAGCAAACUACCUUAUGACGUAACAACAGAGCAAGCAUUGACACAUCCUGAGGUAGUGAAUCGAUUGGAGUCAUCAAUUCAGAGUCUCAGAGCAGUAACUGAUAAAGUCCUCACUUCUAUAUUCUCAUCUCUAAAUUUAAUGCCUUAUGGAUUGAGAUAUAUAGCCAAAGUUCUGAAGAACUCACUCCACGAGAAAUUCCCAGAUGCAACAGAAGAUGAGCUAUUAAAGAUUGUUGGAAAUCUUCUCUAUUACCGGUUUAUGAAUCCAGCGAUUGUUGCACCUGACGGAUUUGACAUAAUUGACAUGACAGCAGGAGGCCAGAUCCAUUCUGAACAGAGGAGGAAUUUAGGUUGUGUGGCGAAAGUCCUUCAACAUGCUGCCUCAAAUAACCUCUUUGAAGGGGAAAACGCACAUCUCUCAUCCAUGAACAGUUACCUCUCUCAAACAUAUGAGAAAUUUAGGAAUUUUUUUCAAGCAGCAUGUGUUGUUCCUGAGCCUGAAGAAAAAUUCAACAUUGAUGAAUAUUCUGAUAUGGUGACACUUAGCAAGCCAGUGAUAUAUAUCUCAAUUGAAGAAAUUAUCAACACACAUUCAUUAUUACUAGAGCAUCAGGAUGCCAUUGCUCCUGACCAAAAUGAUGUCUUAAAUGAACUCCUACAAGGACUGGGGGAAGUUCCUGAUGUGGACACCUUCCUAGGAGAAGGAACUAUUGAUCCCAAUGAUCCUAACAAGGAAAGCACUUUAAGUCAACUUGUUAAGACAGAAAUUUCUCUUUCGUUAACCAGGAAAUAUGAUUUACGAGAAGGUGAAGAACAGGACAUCAAGGGCUUGAUGAUGAAGACAAAAAGGCUUAUUAUUGAUGUGAUACGAGCUCAGCCAGGAGAGUCACUUGCAAAAAUCUUGGAAACACCAGCAACAGAACUUCAGGAAGCAGAGCACUUAAAAGUAAUAGAAAAACGUGCACUCUUGGACUCAAAAACUCCAGAGAAAAUGAAACACAGUCGAUCUAUCCUUGAAGAAGGGCAGCUACCAUUAGAGCAAAAGAAAAGGAAAAUACAGAGGAAUCUCCGAACACUGGAGCAGGCCGGACUAGUUUCAUCUGAAAACAAGUACCAGGACAUCAUCAAUGAAAUAGCAAAGGAUAUCAGAAAUCAAAGAAGAUAUAGGCAACAUCGGAAAGCAGAACUGGUGAAACUCCAGCAAACAUUGAAUGCGCUCAAUUCCAAGAAAGCUUUUUAUGAGGACCAAGUCAAUUAUUACAAUACGUAUAUCAAAACAUGCCUAGAUAAUUUAACAAGAAAAAAUUCACGGAGAUCAAUCAAAUUAAAUGGGAAACAAGAGGAGAAAGGAAACAAACUGAAGAAUGUUUCGCUGAAGUAUACAGCAGCAAGGCUACAUGAAAAGGGGGUUAUACUAGGAAUUGAUGAUCUUCAGCCUAACCAGUUUAAGAAUGUGAUGUUUGACAUUUCACCUGGUGAAGAAGUGGGUGACUUUGAUAUCAAAGCUAAAUUCUUGGGUGUGGAGAUGGAAAAAGUGCAGCUCCAUUUUCAGGACUUGCUUCAGAUGCAGUAUGAAGGCGUCUCUGUAAUGAAAAUGUUUGAUAAAGCUAAAGUGAAUGUAAACCUCCUCAUAUUUCUGCUGAACAAGAAAUUCUAUGGAAAAUGAAGAUUAAUAAUAUCUUGGACUCUGCUUCAAAUCAAGUCCCAGUUGUGGGUCCGUGUUUUAACUAUUUGAAGCUUAUUAUACUUUCUUCAAGAAAGUCCACGAGAAUGUACUUACGUGCCUUUUUCAUAAUUGGAUAAAAUAGUAGUAAAAUAAGAACAUACAAAUCGAUUUAAGUACUUCCAGAUUUCUGUGGUGUUGGUACUCAUUUUCAGAAAUGAUUUAGUGGCAUCCAAACAUUGUGUGGCUGAUCUUUUUAAAUAUGCAGGUCAUUUAUUUGAACAGCGUCUAUAGAACUCUUCCCCCCAUUUCACCCACACAUCCCCCAAUUUACCAAAUAUAGUUCUCCUUACACAAUUAUUCAUAGGAAAAAUAAAUCCGAAUUUGAGUCUCUAAAGAAUAGCAAAUGUUUCUUAAAUUCUGGGGCUUUCCCCCAGAGACCUGUCAAUUGUAAAGUGAAUUAUUGUGCAAUGCAAAGUUUUUAUAGGUAAUUAUAAAUUUAACACUUACUGUAUAAAAAUAUAUAUAUUGCAAUUCAUUCGUACUAAAAAUGCACUACUGCCUCAUUGAAAUCUUCUAUACACCGCCUUUUAAUUUAAGUGUAAAGGGGCAAUUUGAAUAGUGAUCGGGUUUUUUUGCAAUGUACUUGAGGUAUUUUAAAAGGAAUAAAUUGUGCCUGUCUUUUUGUAAGAAAAAAAAUUAAAAUCACAAAUAAAAUGCAAUCAAUCAACA